GUUAUCCUGCGCACUCCGGAAAGAAGAGAAGGCAUCUUGCAAAUAGCAGCUGAGCGACAUGAUCAAGUGCAAGCUGAGUUUGAAGUGGUUUGGGAGCCUCAGCAACCUCUCGUUUCGCCGCAAGUCAGAUCCAGUAAAAGAUGACGGACGGAAGGAGGAUGCUGGGCUACCUGCAGACAGCGACACAUCCAAAGAUGACAUGAACAUGCGGCACCGGUGCCCGAGCUAUGUCCGCUCCAGUGCCAUGUACACCCACAUGGGCACCAUGCCUCGUCCCGAGAAGAAGAAGGAGAGGGGUCCUAAAGCUAAGCCCCAGGAGCAGAAGAGCGUUAAGACUAAGUCUAAGGGUAAGAACAGCCUGUUGGGUCGCAGCCAGAGUAUGAAGCCCUCGGUGGACUACAGGUGUGAGUCCCCAAUGCUGGGCGUGCUCUUGGAGAAGGACCUGCACGAGUCAAGUGCGGAGGGAGCCGGAGCCACAGAUCUACGCACUCGUGCACUUCCUGAUCCAAAGGGAGCCGGAGCCACAGAGCCACACGCUCGCGCACUUCCCGGUCCCGAGGAAGCCAGAACCACGGGGGCCGUGACCUCUGCAAAGCAACUCGUGGAACCAUGGGAGGGGCAUUGGGUCCCAGGGCUCGACACCGUGGACUCACAGAGGUGGACUCACAAAAAUGGAGGCAGUGUAGGUUCAAGAGAUCCAAACCCACCACCAGCAUUGAACAAGAGCAUGGAUGUGCACAGGAAGUUUUCUGGGGACCUCGAUAUGGAUGAUCAUUUCAUUGCUUUGCCUGUGAAAACCAAAACCUCAAGAAAAGCAAAGGAACUAGAAGAAAAAAUGGAGCUUGGACCUGAAGCGGUGGAGCACACAGGAAGUCAAAUGGGCACAACAGACAGUCAAGGAGAAUACGUGGAGUUCUCCAAGGAGAAGUACCUGCUGGAAUCUCCCCCAGAGAAGCUGCGGAAGGAGCUGGAGGAGGAGCUGAAACUCAGCAGCAGCGACAUGAGGAGUCACGGCUGGUACCAUGGUCACAUCCCACGAGAGGUGUCGGAGACGCUGGUCUUGUGUAGCGGCGACUUCCUGGUGCGGGACUCCCUGGCAUCGGCGGGUGACUACGUGAUCACGUGUCGCUGGCAGCAGGAAGUGCUGCACUGCCGCGUGAGUGAGGUGCCGGUGAAGGGCGCGCCGGCCCGGCCGCGCUACCACCUGGAGAACGAGACGUUCGACUCGCUGCCCGCGCUGGUGCGGCACCACGCGGGCACGGGCCGGCCCGUCUGCCCACGUACCGGAGCGCAGCUGCUGUGCCCUGUGAACCGCACGCUGCCCCUCCGCUACCUGGAGGCCACCUUCGCCCUGGCCAGCGGGCACUCAGGCUCUGCACACUCACCCUCCACCCAGCGGGGGGCGCACAUCAAGAGGCGCAGUGUCACCAUGACGGACGGGCUGACAACAGAGAAGAUCAUUCCACACAGUCCGUCCACAGUUCACCAUAAGGAUGUUAUGCGAAACUGCGCGCUCAGCAUGGACCAGAUACAGGAGUUCCGCUGCCCCCUGUCCCCCGUAGGAGAGACCACCCUCUCACCUGCCUACAGCUCUGUUUCCCGGCACAGACACGGCUCCGGUGGGCGGGUCCUAGCUGUGAUCCCGCCCUCCCCGGUGAUGCGCCGCUCCAGCGAGCCUCACCUCUCCCCUUUCCCUUCCAAUAACAACCUCCCCUGCUCGGACACGCCCCCCAGCGCUCAGUCCGCCUCCGCCCACGGCUACCCCUCGGUUGGCUCGGAGGCAGGAGGUGGUUACUGCGAACUCCGGCCCGGCCGGCCCCCGACCCCGCCUUCUAAAAGCUACGUGGAGAGACUGAGGGUGGAAGAGUGCCGUGCCCCAGGGUCCUCGCCCCCGGACGGGGGAGACGGCUUCGCCCUGCCCCUGGUGGAGACCAGCUCUGGAUUUAAGCCCGGCAGCUACCAGUCGCCCCUGCUGCCUGCAGAAAACAAGCCCCUGGAGAUGGGAGUACUGAAGAAGGUUAAGGAGCUGCUGGCAGAUGUGGACCCCAAAGCAGCGGCCAUGCACAUCACCAAGGUGGACUGCAUGGUUGCUAGGAUACUGGGUGUUACCAAGGAGAUGCAGAGGAUGAUGGGAGUGGGCUCCGGGCUAGAGUUGCUGACUUUACCUCACGGGCAUCAGCUGAGACUGGAUCUACUCGAGAGGUUUUACACCAUGUCCAUUAUGAUGGCUGUGGAUCUGCUGGGCUGCACGGGCAGCACGGAGGAGCGGGCGGCGCUGCUGCACAAGACCAUCCAGCUGGCCGCCGAGCUGAAGAGCACCAUGGGAAAUAUGUUCAGCUUCGCUGCUAUCAUGAGAACCCUGGAGCUCCCACAGAUCUCCCGACUGGAGCAGACAUGGAUGGCUCUGCGACAGAGACACACGGAGGGAGCUGUGCUGUACGAGAAGAAACUCAAACCCUUCAUUAAGGCCAUGAAUGAUGGCAAAGAGAGCUGUGUCCUGUCCAGCACCUGUUUCCCUCACAUAGUGCCAGUGCUGUCUCUGCUGGAGAGGGGCUUGGCUGUGGGGGAGGGGCUCGAGGCAUGGGAGAACUCUGAGUGUGGCGUGGACGUGGUCAUGAGCCACCUAGAGGCAGCACGCAGCAUUGCACACCAUGGCAGCCUGUACCGCACCAACGCUGAGGGCAAGCUGCAGGAUUUCCAAGCGAGGCAGGAAGUGUUGGAGAUCUUCUGCACUGAGUUCCAGAUGAGGCUGCUUUGGGGCAGCCGAGGUUCUGAGGGGAGCCAGAGCGAGCGCUAUGAGAAGUUCGACAAAGUUCUCACUGCGCUGUCCCACAAGCUCGAACCCCCCAUACGCCACAGUGAGCUGUAGCGCCACCACGAACCCGACCACAUAACCCUUCCACGUGCUGCGUCUGCAUUUGGGCAAUCCAUCAGCAUACUAUUGCUCCCACACUUGGGCAAAACCAUUAUGAAGCCACAGAGGGGAGUGGAGAGUCAGGGAGCAGCUCACUUGAAUCCACCCCCGCCCACCCCCAGUAAAAAAGGCACAACGGAUAGGGACCUUUCUACAGGCAUGAACGUGCCUUAUGUGCCAGAACAGUACAGAGCUGAGGCUCACAGCAGGAAUGGUGUUUCGAAACCUCUGCCUGACGCUACAGGGAAGUCGGGGAGCCCAGACAGGCGCUUUUGCGGGCUGCAGCUCAAAGGUCCUGCAGGCUGCCUGGUCGUCACACCGUUGUGUUUCAGCACGGGAACGCUCACGGAGAUGCCAUUCGCGCGCCCACCCUACACUCGCGCGCCCACUGCACACAUGCACACCCACCCCCCAACUUGCUCACCAGCCCCACACCCCACCUCACAAUCUAACACCCAUCACACUCAUGCACCUUCCCCACUUGUUCACCCACCCCACACUCGCGCACCUGCCCCACACUUGCACAUCCACCUGACACCCACCCCCCACUCGCACACACACCCAUUGACUGAGCGCAGGUUUCCAAAUCCCAAUAUCCCAAACCUUGCUAGACAAAAAAAGAAGAUUUAAUUUUUUUUAUCUGUUUUAUCAUUAUGAACAUUUUUUUUUCAUUUUUGCAUUAAUUUGUUCAAGGGGCAAUAAGUAACCUGUGACAAAAUCGCUGAGGUGUAGCACACCACAGGAACAUACCUGGACACUAUAACGUGGACUUUCAGGACAGGUUAUGUAUAGAUACAGAGAUGUGUACAGUCCUCACCCUGGUUCCUGGUGCAGUUCUUGUGUGGUGGCUCUUGGCUACCGUGUUAGGGUUGGGGUUAACAAUUAACCCUAACCCUACCAGUGUUGGCAGCAGUGAGCCUAUAGUGCUUGUAUGGAUUCUACCUGAAACAGAGGUCCAAAAAAGAGCUACACCUCGCUACACCUCGCUCUAGCUCUGUAAUGGCCAUACUGAGAGUGAAGUCUGAAGAACUCUCAGGAGUUCAUGGGUAAUGCGUGUUUGGUCAUUUCAUGCUUUCUUUUGACCUGAAUAAAUGUAAUAAAAUGUUUUGUUUUCUGAGAGAGAGAGAGAGACUCUGAUGGCAGAUAGUGACUUACACCAUAGAGUUUAGGAAUUCCAGUGAUUAGGUGUCAUAAGUUAACAUUCAUAAAUGUAGACAUUUAUAUCACAAUGUCAAACUUCUGGAUAUAGUACUGCUUCCUCCAUAGGAUAUUUUAAACAUUUGAUUUCCAAAUACUAACCUACUGAGCCUAUUUAAUUUUAAGUUGUUAUAAAUAAGUCACACCAUCCAACAUUAGGGGGGUGUUUGUAAUAACAGUGUGCAUGCUGGGGCAGAGAACUGCGCUUUGGGGAGGAUGAGAAGUCUGCUCUUAUUAUUUUACCUUCUUAUCAUUAUUAUUCAUUCGGUUGUAAACCCAGGACUAUUCCCAGAGUCAGCAGGAACCUUUAUUCAGGAACCAAUGCCAAGUUUGUAAAGCACGUUUGAGCAGACUGAUACUGAAUGACACAACUCAAAAUGAUAUACCUCUUUCAACAAGCUUAAUGUAAUUUUGUUUCAUUAUUCAUCCCAAAAGGAACAAAACUGUUUAUUUCAUAUGGAAGCCAGUCAUUAUAAGAUGCAGGUUACUUCUAUUUAGAUGCAGCCUAUAAAAGAUUAUUACCAGGAAGACUGAUUCUGGAGGUACUAUAUCAGGUAUUUUUAUAAAGGCACACGUUAAAAGCAAUUAGCGCGGUGGAGACCUAUUGAGGAAUGGAGUAUUGAGGAAUGGAGGCGCUACAUAUGCAAUUCCACUCCAAGCCAGCAGAUGGCUCUGUUUAGCAAGCAAAAAGGCAUGAGACUUUUUGUUUUUGUUUGUUUGUUUAUGUUUUGGUUUUUGUCUUGUUUUGUAAUGCCUACUUGUAUAGGACUAAUGUACGUUUGGACUCUUUGUUGUACAAAUUGAUUAAUGAGUGCUUAUUUCAUGAUAAAAUAGUGGAAGGACUCUGAUGGAAAAUUCGUUUAGGUUAUUGUGUUUACAUCUCCUUUUUUAUGUACUGUACAUAUCUUACGUUUUUCAACCUUUUUUCCAGGAAAUAAAAUACAGUAGGCUUGUG